UUAAAGUACUUUUUUCUUUAUUUUAAUUACAAAAGAUGGAGUUGAUUUGUGUGUUGAUUAUGUUAAUCAAGUGGAUGAUUAGGGUUUCAAUUAUGGUAUUGUUUGGGAAAGUGGUGAUUUCAUGCUGGAUUUUGCCAAUUUUGGCUCAUAGAAAAUUGAAGAGAAAUGGAUUUGAAGGCCCUUCUCCUAGUUUCCCUCUUGGGAAUAUUACAGAAAUGAAGAAGAUAAUGAAAGCUGCUGCUGCUGCUACUGCUGUCACUAAUGGAUCAUCAUCAAAUAAUUUGUCCCAUGAUAUUCAUUCAACUAUUUUCCCUCACUUUGCUCAAUGGCAGAAUUCUUAUGGGAAGAAGUUUGUAUAUUGGUUGGGGACAGAGCCAUUUCUGUACAUAGCAGAUCCACAGCUUGUGAAGAAGAUAUCCGAAGCUGUAUUGGGUAAGAGCUGGGGGAAGCCAGCAGUCUUUAGAAACGACCGAGAACCCAUGUUUGGCGAUGGCCUUGUCAUGACUGAGGGAGACAACUGGAUUCGCCAUCGCCAUAUCCUCACUCCUGCCUUCAACCCUACCAAUCUGAAGGCAAUGACAAAAUUCAUGGUGGAGUCGACGACAAAAAUGCUAGAAGAAUGGAGAAGCCUAGUAAAAUCAGGGCAGUCAGAAAUAGAGGUGGAAAGACAAAUAACCGCCACCGCGGGCGAAAUAAUAGCAAAAGCAAGCUUUGGAAUAUCCAACUGCGGCGGCGGUGGAGAAGCAUUGAACAACCUGAGAGCAUUACAGUUAACUCUUUUCAAGAACAGUAGCUACGUGGGGGUCCCAUUCAGCAGCCUAUUUCUUUACCCAGCCCGAACCCUAGCCGCCAAGCGACUGGGAGCUCAAAUCGACCGCCUGUUUUUGUCCAUCAUAUCUAAUAGGAAAAUGUCGGGUUCGGGAUCGGGAUAUUCGGAUUUGCUGAGCCGGUUGAUUGGGAGUGAGUAUACGGGCGGGGAGGCGCUGAGUCCGAGAGAAGUGGUGGAUGAGUGUAAGACUUUUUUCUUUGGGGGACAUGAGACCACGGCGCUGGCUAUUAGUUGGACGUUGCUGUUGUUGGCGACGUCUCCCGAUUGGCAAAGGAUUUUGCGAGAGGAGAUUAAAGAAGUGGUUGGUGAUAAAGAUAUUGAUUUCUCCAUGCUUUCUUCCCUCAAAAAGAUGGGAUGGGUAUGGAAUGAGGUACUUAGACUAUACCCCUCAGCUCCAAACAUACAAAGACAAGCAAAAGGAGACAUUGAUUUAGGGGACAUAAAGAUCCCAAAGGGGACCAACAUAUGGAUAGACGUUGUUGCAAUGCAUCACGACCCGACCCUAUGGGGCGACGACGUUAACGACUUCAAUCCUAGCAGGUUCCAACACGACACCAUUCAUGGCGGAUGCAACCACAAAAUGGGAUAUUUGCCUUUCGGCUUUGGAGGGAGAAUGUGCAUUGGUAGAAACUUAUCUUCUAUGGAGUAUAAGAUCGUCCUAACCCUAAUUCUUUCUACCUUUUCACUCUCACUUUCCCCCUCUUACUCCCAUUCUCCUGCUACUUUACUCUCUUUGAGGCCCGCCCAUGGCAUUCCCCUCAUUCUAACCCCUCUUCAACCUUAAACCUUCUUCACGUUUCCUGCUUCUAUUCUUAAUUAGCUCAACAUAUAGUAGUAAUAUUUGAAGGUGCAUGUGAGGUCGAUCGAAGGGUAUGUUCUUAACUAGUGGAGCUUUAUGCGCCCAUAAUACUUCUUCUUUUCCUUUAGACUACAGUAUAUGAUUCAAAGAUAUAUAUAUGUACUAAAAUAAAAUGUCUUUAUCUUAAUUAUGAUCAAUAUCGGUCAUUUAACAUUAGGUUCUGUGAUCUUAUUGGGAAUAUAUGUGACUAUACAUAUUACAUAUUUGUUGUAAUAUAUUUAUUUUGUGAAGUUUAUAUA